UAUUAUGUUCUUCAAACAUGUUUGUUCGGUUGUUCGUCGUGUUGCAGUUCGGCCACGUUACACUUGCUGCAGAUUAACUUAUAGCUGACAACCAUAUUAUACCAAUAAUAAUUUGUAAUUUAUAAGUAAAAUAGUUUGAUGACGAUGGUGUGGCAGUCAUCGUCCAUGGUGCGACGGCACGGACUGCACAUUUGGGCCAUAUUGGUGUAUUGGACAGGCAAAGUGACCGGGGUUUUGGUAUUGGCCGAGACCGCAGUGGGCCACCGCGAGUUCACGGCGGCCUCGGUGUCAGUCGGCCGAUGGCGGUGGGCCAGGGCCCAUGUAUGUAAUGCGGUCUGCUUGGCGGCCGUGGUGCAUAGGAUCGUCGUGGAAACGUGGCCAGUCACGGUGCAGGCCAUCACGCACCUACCUCAGGCAUCGUGCUACGAUACCGUGUGCGGCGGCGUGUGGUGCGUGUAUGCGUGCGUGUACUAUGCGGUCGCCUGGCUCGACAGGGUGUCGGAGAUCUGCGCUUUGACUGCGGCCGUCACGUGGCGCCGGCUGUCCACGGUAGAAUGCUUGAACUCAGCCUCAGCCGGUUGCUUGGACGACGACAACGGUGACGACGCUGCUGGGAGACCGUCGGCAUUCAACAUACCAUGGCACGCGUACCUAAUCGUGGCUUUCCCAGUCGCGCAGUUUGCGAUUGCCGCGAACGUGAUAUCGCUCACUCACAACGGCGCAUGGCGCACUGUUAUGGGCACCGUGGCCGCGGUGGCCAGUUGCGCACCGGUAGCGGCUCACGGCACCGCGGUCGCCCUGCUGGUCGUGGCCAACAUCAGCAUGCGGUCCAUCAACUGCCGGAUAACUCACAUGUCGCCGGUCGGACGGCUACGCCGCGUCCGGUCUUCCGGCGGAAACCUUGACGCUAAUGACGCCGACAUCGACGAGAACUGUCGCCAACAAGAUGUCAUUGCGCAGUUGGCUCGCAGACACUGGCGAAUCACCGGGCUGGUGACGGGUGGCGUGUGCGGCGCUUACAGCGUAGACCUCAUGACGGCAGUGCUGUUGGCCGCCGUUCGCGUCACCUACGUAGCCAUAUCGGUGUUUCACCGGCUGACCGACGACUCGGAAGCGCGGACCAACAUGUCGCUGGCUGUCAUCGUUCAAUUAAUAGCGUGGUUCGGACAGUUUGCUUAUUUGGCGUACACGUGCGACGAUUUGGCCGCCCAAUCAAGUGAAAUGUUUGACAAUUUGAACACACUAUUGCUGGAUAUUUUCAAAGAAAGUCGGCUCUCUGGAGAACCAUACAUAAGUAAAAUGCAAGAAAUUGAAGCGAUCAUUGGAGUCACAUUAACAUAUUUUAUUGUCUUAUUGCAAUUUGAAUCAUCGCACAGUAGUAGUGCUCAUAAUGGUACACACGUGGACAUGGCUACAUCUGUUUAAUUUUUUUAAUAUUUAUAUUUAAAGGAAUUUAGACAGUCCGUACAAAACUAUUACAAUAAAUAAACAUGAUAUUUAUACGAAUGAAAUGACACGAAUGCUGUGGCUGAGGAAGAAACCUAUUGGUAACACAUCUUUAUUGAAUAUAAUAGCCAUUAGGAUCCUACCUACACUAUUUUCGCUUUUUCUGCGCGGUGGGUUUUAGGUUGAUCAUGGACAUAAUAUGUGAUAAUGUGAUACGAAAAUGUGUGCUAUUACAUUUUGUAGGUAGUAUUACUGUAUUAGUAAGUAUGUAGAUAGGUAUCAAUUACUUAUGUACUAUAUAUUUAUUUUCAUAGCCAAACGGCAGUUAAAUGUGAUUAGUGUGUAGAAAUGUAGAAUAUAAAUAUUUAUAUAAAAUAUAUGAAUAUAGUGCAAACAUGCAAUAAGUUGGAAUACUCCAAGUCUCCGUUAUAAGAAACUUACAAACAAUUUUUAAUUAAUACAUUUUUUAAAUAUUUAAACGUGAACCGAUAAAUUAUAUUUUGGUUUACAGCUCUGGACAUGCGGCGAAAGUUGAAACUGUGUAAGGUAUGAUUGCCCAUAUGAUAUUUUGUAUGUCGGUAGGUUAGGUGAUUUUCUUAAAAAUGUUGGUGU